CAUGAUGACACCAGACGAGAGCAGCCCCUCAAUCGAUUGCUCUGCGUGUGACUCUGCUGCUCGGACUCGAUCGAUGCUUUCCGGUUUGACUAGUUGAGUCUUCUGAGUAGUUGCAUGGCUGAGUUGUGGUGCUUCACAGCGAUUUAAAGCUGACUGUCAUGGGUCGGUACUCGUCUGAUAGUGAGGAUGACAGUCGGAGCAGGAGGAAGAGAAAGCAGCGUCGUCGUUCAUCCUCCUCCUCCUCGUCUUCGUCUUCAUCGUCUGGCAGCAGGGUGACCAGCAGCCGGAGUCGCAGGUCCAGUCGCCGGAGCCGUUCUCGCUCCAGGGACAGAGACAGGAGGAGAAGAAGACGUUCCAGCAGCAGUUCUUCCCACAGUUCAUCUCGCAGGAGGAGGAGUCACAGUGCGGAGAGAGACAAAGGGAGGAGCCACCGCUCACACAGGUCACGCAGCCGAGACAGGAGGUCUCAUUCUCGCCACCGGCGGUCUCGCAGUAGGAGCGGCAGUCGCAGCCGGCGAGGGAGCCGCAGCCGCAAAAGGAGCCGCAGCCACAGUCGCCGGAGGAGCCGCAGCAGAGAGCGGGACCGGAGUCGGCGCAAGGGCCGUGACCGGGAGAGGGACAGAGGAAGGGACAGGGACAGAGACAAGGACAGAGAGAAGGACAAGAGCAAAGACAAGGCUGACAAGAAGGGGGACGCCGGGAACAUCAAAGGCAGAUUAGAACAUCUGACUCCAGCUGAGCAGGCUAAAGUUCGAAUGCAUAUGGUCCUCCAAGCUGCAGCUAAGACGGACGAGGUCCUGAAGGCUAAAGUAGCCAAAAGAGAGGAGGAGGCCCGGAAGAAACUAGACGAAGAGGGAGUUUCUCUGGAGGAGCAAGUGCGAAGGAUAAAGGACAUUGAGGCCAUCGAGAGUGAUUCCUUUGUUCCUCAGGCUUUCAAAUCAUCCAGGGAUGAUAUAAAGACUGAGCCACCUGAGGUGAAGCAGGAGUCAGAGAGGGCAGGCUCUGAGGACAUCGCUCUUCCCACCUCCAUAGUCUACAAUGACAGUGACACGCUUGCUCAUCCAAGUCUGUUCAUGGACAAGGAGAAGGCUGAAGAGCUGUGGCUCAACAGACUGAUCUCACUCAGGCAGGAGAGGCUCAUGGGAAGUCCCGUGCCCUAAAGGACACCAGAAAACCAGAAGACACUUCCUGUUCACUGGGUGGUCUGGGUGAACAUAUUUCUUCCUUGCCCUUCCACUAAUUUCUCUUACUACUGCAAAAUCUUGUGAGAAUUUGAGCAGAUAAGCAGUUUUUGGUCUUGAUGUGCUUAUUAUUUUAUUAAUGUUGAUGUAUUUCAAUUAAAAAGUCUGCUGUUUU